GUGGCGCGGUGCGGCGCGGUGCGGCUGCGGGCGGCGGCCGGGCGCUCCUUACGCGCCGCCCGCGGGACUGCAGAACCGGCUCCCGGCUGGCCGCCCGCACCCCGCCGCCGCCGCCUCUCGUGCCGGGGUCCUGCCGACGCUGGCCGUCACUGAGAAACAUGGAGACUCCGGUGCCAGGUCGGAAGGGCAACGUCACACCUCCUGAGGACAGCCAGGAGGACUCCGGCUUUUGCUGAGCUGUGCAUCUUACCUCCUUCUUUCCAAAGGCUCCAGACCCAAGCUCUGCUGUUCUCAAGUCCUGUAUGCCCCUGGCCAGGCACCCCACUGCCCUUGCAGCCCAGUCCAGCCCUAGAGCUCACCUCCAGGACCUGGAGCCUGCCCUCCUGCCCAGAAUGACUCACCAUUAUUUCUAGCUCAAGUGAGAAGACGUGAUGGGGAGUUGGGCUGCCUGUUUGUGGAUCGAGGAUUCCUACAGCAUCUGAUCUGCUUCACAAGGAAGAGAGCCAGAGGUUCCUGCCUGGCCAGCCGAGCGAGGCUGCCUCUCCAGCUCUCAGAGAGCUUGGGGGGCUCUCCUGCAGGAGCUCAAGCUAAUGCUUCUGUGUUUCCUGGGGCCGUUAGCAGCACCCUGAGCCCCCUGCCACCAGGCAGCUGGAAGGCAUAGCGCGAGGCGCUCCUCUCAGUCCCAAUUAUGACAGUGGCCACUGGAGACCCAGCAGAUGAGGCUGCUGCCCUCCCUGGGCACCCACAGGACACCUAUGACCCAGAAGCAGACCACGAAUGCUGCGAGAGGGUGGUGAUCAACAUCUCAGGACUGCGGUUUGAGACCCAGCUAAAGACCUUAGCCCAGUUUCCAGAGACCCUCUUAGGGGACCCUAAGAAGCGGAUGAGGUACUUUGAUCCCCUCCGAAACGAGUACUUCUUCGAUCGCAACCGCCCUAGCUUUGAUGCCAUCUUGUACUACUACCAGUCUGGGGGCCGGCUGAGGCGACCUGUGAAUGUGCCCUUAGAUAUAUUUUCGGAAGAAAUCCGGUUUUAUGAACUGGGAGAAGAAGCAAUGGAGAUGUUUCGGGAGGAUGAAGGCUACAUCAAGGAGGAAGAACGUCCUCUGCCUGAAAAUGAGUUCCAAAGACAGGUGUGGCUUCUCUUUGAAUACCCAGAGAGCUCAGGGCCUGCCAGGAUUAUAGCCAUUGUGUCUGUUAUGGUGAUUCUGAUCUCGAUCGUCAGCUUCUGUCUGGAAACACUGCCCAUCUUCCGAGAUGAGAAUGAAGACAUGCAUGGUGGUGGGGUGACCUUCCAUACCUACUCCAACAGCACCAUCGGGUACCAGCAGUCCACCUCCUUCACCGACCCUUUCUUCAUUGUGGAGACUCUCUGCAUCAUCUGGUUCUCCUUCGAAUUUUUGGUGAGGUUCUUUGCCUGUCCGAGCAAAGCUGGUUUCUUCACCAACAUCAUGAACAUCAUUGACAUUGUGGCCAUCAUCCCCUACUUCAUCACUCUGGGGACAGAGCUGGCUGAGAAGCCAGAGGAUGCCCAGCAGGGCCAGCAGGCCAUGUCACUGGCCAUCCUCCGUGUCAUCCGCUUGGUAAGAGUCUUUAGGAUUUUCAAGUUGUCCAGACACUCCAAAGGUCUCCAGAUUCUAGGUCAGACCCUCAAAGCCAGCAUGAGAGAAUUGGGCCUCCUGAUAUUCUUCCUCUUCAUUGGGGUCAUUCUUUUCUCUAGUGCUGUCUAUUUUGCAGAAGCCGAUGAGCGAGAUUCCCAGUUCCCCAGCAUCCCGGAUGCCUUCUGGUGGGCAGUCGUCUCCAUGACAACUGUAGGCUAUGGAGACAUGGUUCCAACUACCAUUGGGGGAAAGAUAGUGGGUUCCCUGUGUGCAAUUGCAGGUGUGUUAACCAUUGCCUUACCGGUCCCUGUCAUAGUGUCUAAUUUCAACUACUUCUACCACCGGGAGACAGAGGGAGAGGAGCAGGCCCAGUACUUACAAGUGACAAGCUGUCCAAAGAUUCCAUCCUCCCCUGACCUAAAGAAAAGUAGAAGUGCCUCUACUAUUAGUAAGUCGGAUUACAUGGAGAUCCAGGAGGGAGUAAACAACAGUAAUGAGGACUUUAGAGAGGAAAACUUGAAAACAGCCAACUGCACCUUGGCUAACACAAACUAUGUGAAUAUUACCAAAAUGUUAACUGAUGUCUGAUUGAAACCCAUUAACAUACUCGCAGCUCAAUGGAACUAAUGCAGAUGUUGCAUAAUAGCCUGCAUUGUAGUCAGUGUGUUCUACAGUGUGCAUCUGGUUCUGCAUGGAAAGCAAUAGUCGUGCAAGUGACUUUUGACCUUUUGAUUUUUGAUUUAGAAUGCAGAAUAUCUAUCACAGCUUUCAUGCAAAUCUUCAUCACCGGCUUCAGGGUUUGGGUUUCCAAAGAUGAGCGUCACCUAUGGAGCCAGGAUUUCAGAAAGUCACAUUGAGGCCACUUCAUAUCUAAUAUACGACCCACCAUAUCAGCACUCCCUUUCCUUCCUAGUUAAAUGCACACAACACCUGGGAGAUGCAGUCCCCUCCUCCCACCCUGUCACCCACUUGAGCCCACCUGCCCCUUCCCAGAGGAACAACCAUCAUGGCUUAGCUUUAAAGCUCUGGCGAUUAUUCGAAAGGUCAUUCCCAUUUUUGCAUUGAAAAGAACACACGGUACUGUGUGUGUUGGAACUACUUUCUGUGUCACAACCUGGGGUUUGUGAAUUGCAGUUGCCAAGUAGAUGAUCCAGAGGCUUGUGUUUCAUAACGAAAAAAUGCUGCAUUCUGCUUUUUCUCUGUAGAUGUGAGGAAAGCCUGGGGGAGGGACAGUUAGCAUGACCCAAUGUGAGUUGUCAAGUCUCAACAUUUGUUCCAUUAGGGCCUGUGGGGCGAAGGUACCAAACCAAGGGACCUCUCAGCUUCAGAUUUCACCAUUUUGCAGGCUUCAGGGUCACCAGAAAUAUGUCUGAUUUCUUCGUUUACACUGGAGUUUGCAGACAUCUGCUUUCCUAGUGAUGUGGCCCAGCUACACUGACACUGCAGUGAAAUUUACCAGUGAUGCGAUAGAACUGCAUGGGUGUUCAUUGCAUGAAUCUCAAUAUUUAAAACACAGGAGAUAACCUAUUUUCUUAGUAGCCUACACAGUAUUCAUAUUUAGAGUAUUAAUAGCCUUGGGAUGGUUUUGAACUAGGGGUUUUUUCCCAUCCGAAGGCAAAAGCCCUCCAUCAGAGGGGGGGGGGGAAAUAGGCUAUUGGGAAUGGGGAACCAAAAUAUCUGGCCCUCCAGCCCACCCAUCUCUGUUCUUUCAGUGGAAGAGCAGACCUCUGUCAAGCCAGAAGAAUGAGCAGGGAAAGCAGUGUCUAAACACUCACACGACUGCACCUUAGGAAUCAACCUAGUCAUAGACAUAACUGCACCAGGGCGUCAGUCCUGAGGAUAGGCAGGUCUGUGGAUCCAGUGUAU